AUGGCGGACUACAACUACGGAGGCUCGGAAGAAGAGAAUGCGGAGCUGAGGAAGCUCGAGGCUGAACUGAUCGAUGACCCGGACAACUUCGAGACCUGGGAAAAGGUCGUGCACGCCGCUGAAGCUCUCGAGGGUGGAAUCAAUCGCAACUCCAACCCGCAAGCCAUCACAGCUGUGCGCAGCGCCUACGAUCGCUUCCUGGCCAAAUUCCCCUUGCUCUUCGGAUACUGGAAGAAAUAUGCCGACCUGGAGUUCUCUAUCACUGGCACGGAAGCCGCAGAGAUGGUCUAUGAGAGAGGAAUUGCUAGCAUCUCGCCUUCAGUUGACCUCUGGACCAACUACUGCACGUUCAAGGUAGAGACCUCCCACGAUGCCGACAUCAUUCGAGACCUUUUUGAGCGAGGUGCGAGCAGUGUCGGCCUUGAUUUCCUUGCCCACCCAUUCUGGGACAAGUACAUCGAGUUCGAGGAACAUGUUGAAGCUCAAGAGAAGAUAUUCGGUAUCCUAAGUCGGAUCAUUCACAUCCCUAUGCAUCAAUAUGCACGCUAUUUCGAGCGCUAUCGCCAGCUUGCACAGACCCGGCCUUUGUCUGAGCUGGCACCGCCCGAAACCAUGUCGCAGUUCCGUGCUGAAAUUGAGGCUGCCUCGUCCCAGGUCCCACCCGGUGCAAAGGCUGACGCCGAGAUUGAACGGGACCUCCGGCUACGCGUCGAUAACUACCACCUCGAGGUCUUUUCCAAAACGCAAACUGAGACAACCAAGCGCUGGACUUAUGAAUCAGAGAUCAAGCGGCCUUACUUCCAUGUUACUGAGCUGGACGAGGGCCAGCUGACCAACUGGAAAAAGUACCUUGACUUCGAAGAAGCAGAAGGUUCGUUCUCUCGAAUUCAGUUUUUGUACGAGCGGUGCCUGGUGACGUGCGCCCACUACGACGAGUUCUGGUUCCGCUAUGCCAGAUGGAUGGCAGCCCAGGAGGGCAAGGACGAAGAAGUGCGGAUCAUCUACCAGCGCGCCAGCUAUCUCUAUGUGCCGAUUGCCAACCCGACCAUUCGACUGCACUACGCCUACUUUGAGGAGUUUUCGGGCCGAGUCGACGUGGCCAAGGACAUCCACGGUGCCAUCAUGAUGUGUCUGCCCAGCCAUGUGGAAACCAUCAUCUCUUUGGCGAACCUUUCUCGACGCCACGGUGGCUUGGAAGCAGCAAUCGAAGUCUACAAGACCCAGCUGGACUCACCCGAGUGUGAAAUGGCCACCAAAGCCGCGCUGGUUGCCGAAUGGGCUCGUCUGUUGUGGAAAAUCAAGGGCGCGCCGGAGGACGCCCGCCAAGUUUUCGAUAUAAACCAACAGUACUAUCUGGACAGCCGACCCUUCUGGACCAGCUAUCUCAUGUUUGAGAUUGACCAGCCUACCAGCGCAGCGACUGAGUCUGUUCAGUAUGAGCGCAUCAAGCAGGUCGUUACUGAUAUCCGCACCAAGAGCACUCUCCCCGUCGAAGUCGUGAAGGAACUGGUGCAGAUCUACAUGGCCUAUCUCCUGGAGAGAGGCACCACCAAUGCCGCUAAAGAGUACAUGACUCUUGAUCGUGAAGUACAUGGCCCAGUGUCUGUGGCAGCUGCUCGCGCCGGCGGUACUGUCGCUGUCCCUCCUCCGCCGACAGACGGACAACCUGCCGCGGUUCCUCAAGUAUCCCCCACUCCCGACCAAGCCGCCAUGGCACAGGCGUAUGCCUACUAUCAGCAAAGCCCCCUGAAUGGUGCUUCUGCUGCUUAA